AUGGUUUUGUUUUUCAGGGCUAGUGACCAGUUACGGGAAUGGUUCUCAUACGAUGAUGCUUUAGAGCGAGCUCUCGAUGCAGAUUGGUUUCUGUUUCCAAUUGGAGAUUCGACUGUAGCAUCUGAGACUAUAUUCCUGAACAGAGAUGACAACAACCCUUACUUGAUCGGGAGUGUACCGCAUCCGGACUUCCCAGGAGUGUCAAUAGCUAUACCAUCAGCUCAUGUAUCUAAAAUGCAUGCUCGUAUAAGUUGCAAAGACGGCGCGUUUUACCUGACAGACUUGAGGAGUGAGUAUGGGACUUGGAUUUCUGAGUAG